UGAUUUGAAAUGGGAAUGUUGUGCAUUGCAUGUUGAAGGUGAAUUGUGAAUGGGAAUGACAAGAGACAGCAUGGCACCACGUUGUGACAGUUCACCAGUUCCAACCUAUAAAUGCCAGAAGAGGAAGCGGCGCUGGGAUGUGACACCAGAGGACUUAGAGAGAGAAAAGGAACAACUGCCAAAAAGAAAAGAAUGGAGAAAAGUUGCAGCUGCAGAAAGGGUGAAGGGGCCCAGAACAGUUCCAGAUUUAGACACGCCUGAAAGAAGUCGAUCCCAGGAUCCUUCUGCAGGAGGAGACGCUUCGAGCCCUGGCAGUGGGCAGUCAGACUCCACUUGUGGAACACCACCCACAAAUCCUGACACUGUGGCCACCAGUACAGGAUGUGCAUCGAUAUCAGUGUCAGCAGCAGGGGGUGUAAGCAGGAGCAACGCCAGUUGCGUGGUCAGCAGCAGUCAUCAGCAACAGCUUCAAGACCCCACCAGCUCUCCUGUCACUGCAGGAUCCUUCUCUAGUCCGGCCACCUGGCCUUCCCUUAGUGAUGCUAAUACAGUGAAGAGUGAAGUUCGCAGUCCUGGUUUGGGCGACAGCUCAUCACUAAGCCAAUCGGAAGCUUUGUACUCAGGGACAGGAGACUCAAUUGGUUCAUACAGCGACAGCAAGGAUUAUUCACAACACCCCUACUCUUCCACUCAGCAAUAUUACAGCAGUAUGCACCAAGCAUAUGGCAGCCAGUCAUCAGCGGCUGCAGCAUACAUGCAGAGCUCAAGCUUCUACAGUUCUCCAGCCUAUGGUAUGCUGCAGCAAGGGUACCACAGUGCAGCUGGCUCACGUGGCCUCAACCAGCAGUGUAAAGGUUCAAGUGCAACCAGCUACCUGAGUCCAUAUGCCACAUCUAGCACAGCGUUCAGCUCCAGUUCAGGUAGCAGUUCACAUCAUAGUGGGCAGAGUGGAGCCUCCACAGGACAGACAGCGUCGUAUGCCUCGUAUGGUGCAGGUUAUAACUGUACAGCAUCCGCGGCCACAGGCUUCUCUGCUGGUUCACAGGGCUUCCCAUCUUCACAGCAGAAACAUGAAUAUUACUUACAGAGUUUAGAAUAUGGUGGAUAUGGCAACUCAUAUGCAGGACAUCAAGUUGCAGCUGCAGCGGCUUCACAGUACGCAAGCUACUAUGCUCAGAGUUAUUCUCCAUAUGCUGUGUCUGGCUCGAGUUCUGGUGGCACUGGGGGUGGAGCAACAGCUUCAGGCUAUCAAAUUGCUGCUGGAGUUCAACACGGUGCAGCAUUACCAGGCCACACACCAGAACUACCUGCUAGGAAUGUCAAGGCUGCUGGGUUGUUAAUGCAGUUGCACAGAACACCUGCAAUACUUUCUCAAAUGAUGACAGAUAGCCCAAGUGGGUUCCAGCUGUCUGAGAAUGGCCCUGUAUCACCUGUCAAAGCAGAAUCUAAUGGUCCUGGAGGCAGUGGUAGUGGGCGACGGGCUCGGGAAGGAAGUGGAGGAGGAGAUGGAGGCUCUCGCUCCAGUAGGGGUCGUGGUCGUCGCCAAAACAAUCCUUCGCCCAGCAGCCCUGAAAGCAAUCUGGAGCGAGUUUUCAUCUGGGAUCUUGAUGAGACGAUUAUUAUCUUCCACUCUCUGCUGACAGGGUCAUUUGCCACUCGUUAUGGCAAGGAUGCUCAGUCUGUGGUACAGCUGGGGUUCAGGAUGGAGGAGAUGGUGUUCAACCUCGCUGAUACGCAUUUCUUCUUCAAUGACGUUGAGGAUUGUGACCAAGUGCAUAUUGAUGAUGUUGCAUCAGAUGACAAUGGCCAAGACCUCAGUUCUUACAAUUUUGGAUCUGAUGGCUUCCAUGCGGCUGCUAGUAAUGGUAAUUUGUGUCUGGCUACUGGAGUUCGAGGGGGUGUGGACUGGAUGCGGAAACUUGCCUUUCGGUAUCGAAAGAUCAAGGAUAUGUACAACAAUUAUAGGAAUAGUGUUGGAGGAUUGCUAGGUGCAAAACGGGAGCAGUGGCUUCAGCUGCGCUCAGAAAUUGAAGCUAUGACAGACAACUGGCUAACACUUGCCAUCAAGUGUUUGACGCUUAUCAACUCCAGGUCAAAUUGUGUGAAUGUCCUGGUAACAACCACACAGCUGGUUCCUGCUCUAGCAAAAGUCUUGCUCUUUGGACUAGGAGGGAUUUUCCCUAUUGAGAACAUCUACUCAGCUACUAAGAUUGGUAAAGAGAGUUGUUUUGAACGUAUUGUGUCAAGAUUUGGACGCAAGUGCACAUAUGUGGUGGUGGGAGAUGGACAGGAUGAAGAAGCUGCGGCCAAGCAGCUCAAUUUUCCAUUCUGGCGAAUAUCGAGUCAUAGCGACACUGCUGCCCUCUACAAUGCUCUUGAGAUGGACUUCUUAUGAUGUGGAAUAUUGUUGGAGGUGAGAAUGUCAUUUGAAAAUAAACUGUGAUUAAAGUCUUGUGCGUGUGUGUGUGAAUGUAUGUGUGCAGUUCGGAUACGCAAAGUGCUGACUGGUGGACACUGGGUGUAAAGUUUUGAAACAAAUGAUGGGAUGUGGAAACCAGAUUUUCUAGUAAAGACAGACAGAAGAUUGCUUCAGUACUCAUUGUUUAUUGGCAGUGUUCAUUACUUCACAUUUAUGAUAAUGGUCUGAGAAAGAAGAAAGAAGAUAACAGUUCAAUUAUUUACAACAUUUGUAACAUUUAAUGUUUCCUCAGCUGUUUUAAUUUGAAUGCUAUAUUAUUGAGUACAAAAAAAAUUGAGUCGAUGCAAAUGUUAAUGCAUCUUGAUGGCUCAGUCACGUGAUUGUUAACACUGUUCUUGAUAUUAAAAUCCAGAAGCAAGAGUUAACCCUUCA